CACCUGCUGUAACGCCAGCCAGACCCUGGGCAACCUCACCGGCUGCCAGGAGGAGGGCGAGCUGGGAUUCAAUCAGUUCAUCAUGCCCUGGUGGCGCCAGGUGGUGUGGACACUCAUCUACAUCGCGCUCGUCGUGGUGGCCACGGGCGGCAACCUCAUCGUCAUCUGGAUCGUGCUCGCCCACAAGCAGAUGCGAACUAUCACCAACUUCUUUUUGGUGAACCUGGCGGUCUCCGACUGCAUGAUGUCCACCAUGAACAUCACCUUCAACUUCGUCUACUUCCUGAACAGUCACUGGCCGUUCGGUGAAGCCUACUGCAAGAUCGUGCAGUUCGUUAGCGUUCUGAGCGUCUCGGCGUCCGUCUUCACCCUCGUCGCCAUCUCAAUUGACCGGUGA